GCUCCAGCCCGCCCCAGGGUGUGCCCCCGCCCUCUCCCGAGGCACUGCCCACCCCUUCAAGCCCCCUCAGAACUGGACCGCAGCGGCCGGGCGACCAUGGGCCGCUUCCCGCGGGCCCUGCUGCUGUUGCUGCAGCACGCAGUGCUUGUGGCUGCGGAGGCCCCCGGGGAGCAAGUUAGCGCUCCGCGGAGCGUGGUGUGGGGCCCCGGGCUACAGGCCGGCGUCGUUCUGCCCGUCCGCUAUUUCUACCUGCAGGCCGUCAACUCGGAGGGCCAAAACUUCACUCGCUCGCCCCCAGAUCAAACACAAUUCAAAGUAGUAAUAAAAUCUAUCUCACCUAAAGAGGUAGUCCGGAUUCAUGUCCCUAAACCUUUGGACAGGAAUGAUGGAACAUUUUUGAUGAGGUAUAGGAUGUAUGAAACUGCCAAUGAAGGGCUGAAGAUAGAGGUCCUUUAUGGUGAUGAACAUGUAGCCCAGUCUCCCUAUAUUUUGAAAGGACCAGUAUACCAUGAGUACUGUGAGUGUCCAGAAGAGGAUCCUCAGGCCUGGCAGAAAACUCUUUCUUGUCCAACCAAAGAACCACAGAUUGCAAAAGAUUUCGCUUCUUUCCCCAGCAUUAAUCUCCAGCAGAUGCUAAAUGAAGUUCCUAAAAGGUUUGGGGAAGAGAGGGGUGCCAUUGUUCAUUACACAAUUCUCAAUAACCACGUCUACCGGAGACCUUUAGGGAAAUACACAGACUUCAAAAUGUUCUCAGAUGAGAUUUUGCUAUCACUGGCAAGAAAGGUUCUUCUUCCAGAUUUAGAAUUUUAUAUUAAUCUUGGUGAUUGGCCUUUAGAACAUCGAAAAGUCAAUGAAACCCCUGGCCCUUUGCCUAUCAUUUCAUGGUGUGGCUCUCAGGAUUCACAAGAUAUUAUCCUUCCCACGUAUGACAUUACCCACUCCACACUUGAAGCCAUGAGGGGUGUUACAAAUGAUCUCCUCUCUAUUCAGGGAAAUACAGGGCCUUCCUGGAUCAAUAAAACAGAGAAAGCUUUCUUCAGAGGUAGAGACAGCCGAGAGGAGAGGCUCCAGUUGGUGCAGCUAUCCAAAGAAAAUCCGCAGCUACUGGAUGCAGGAAUUACAGGGUAUUUCUUUUUCCAAGAGAAAGAAAAGGAGCUUGGAAAAGCUAAGUUGAUAGGUUUUUUUGAUUUCUUUAAGUACAAAUAUCAAGUGAAUGUGGAUGGGACCGUGGCUGCGUACAGAUAUCCGUACCUCAUGCUGGGUGACAGUCUGGUUCUGAAGCAGGACUCACCAUAUUAUGAGCAUUUUUAUAUGGCACUAAAGCCUUGGAAACAUUAUGUACCAAUUAAAAGAAAUCUUGCUGAUUUACUAGAGAAAGUUAAAUGGGCCAAGGAAAAUGAUGAAGAAGCCAAGAAGAUUGCAAAAGAAGGGCAGUUAACUGCUAGGGACUUGCUACAGCCACACAGGCUUUACUGCUAUUAUUACAGAGUACUGCAGAAAUAUGCUGAGCACCAGUCCAGCAAACCCAAAAUACGUGAUGGAAUGGAACUUGUUUCUCAGCCAGGUGAUAGCACAUCCAUCUGCCAGUGCCACAGGAAAAGACCUUUAAAAGAAGAUCUUUAAGUCAGCCCAGAUAUACACUCUUGUGUAUGCCGGCUACAUCUUGGAUGGAAGCAUUUGGAUAGAAUCUAAGCUGUGAAGAACACAGCUUGGGAGACUUUACCCAGAGAAUUAGUUCUCUUGCUGGCUUUAUGUCAUGUGGGGGAUAGAGCAAUUUAGAACAAGAAUUACCAAAUAUUUUCAGAUAUUAAUCUCUUUUGAGUAAAAGCUUCUAUUGUUAGUAUCACAGUUUCCCUAAAAAACAACAACAAAAACACUUGGGGAUCAUAGUAGAGAGGCUUGCCAAAAUAUACAUUGUUCUCUAGGAAAUCAUAUAUAUAAUUUUCUUUUCAUGGAAGUUAAUGAUUGAGUAAUUUAUUUUCUAAGUAUAUUUUUUGAUUAUGCUAUUACAGUUCCAUUUUCCCCCUUUGCCGUCCUCCAUACAGUACCCCCUUCCCUCCAGCAAUCUUCCCCCUUAGUUCAUGUCCAUGGAUCGUACAUAUGUUCUUUGGCUUCUCCAUUUCUCAUACUGUUCUUAAUCUCCCCCUGUCUAUUUUGUACCCACCAUUUAUGCUUCUUAAUCCCUGCACCUUUUCCCCCAUUCUGCCCCUUCCUCCUCCCAGCUGAUAGCCCUCUAUGUGAUCUCCAUUUCUAUGAUUCUGUUCCCCUUCUGGUUACUUGCUUUGUUUUUGCUGUUGUUUUUGUUUUUUAGAAUUAGUUGUUGAUAGUUGUGAGUUUGUUGUCAUUUUAAUGUUUAUAGUUAUGAUCUUCUUUUUCUUAGACAAGUCCCUGUAACAUUUCAUAUAUUAAGGACUUGUUGAUGAUGAACUCCUUUAACUUUAUCUUGUCAGGGAAGCACUUUAUCCACACUUCCAUUCUAAAUGAUAGCUUUUGCUGGAUAGAGUAAUCUAGGUUGUAGGUCCUUUCUUUUCAUCACUUGGAGUACUUCUUGUCAAUCCCUUCCAGCUUGCAAAGUUUCUUUUGAGAAAUCAGCUAACAGUCUUAUGGGAACUCCUUUGCAAGUAACUCUCUGUUAUUCUCUAGCUGCUUUUAAGAUUCUCUCUUUGUCUUUAACCUUUGGCAUUUUAUUUAUGAUGUGCUUUGGUGUGGUCCUUGUUGGGUCCAACUUGUUUAGGACUCUGUGCUUCCUCAACUUGUAUGUCUAUUUUCUUCACCAAAGUAAGGAAGCUUUCUUUUAUUAUUUUUUCAAAUAAGUUUUCAGUUUCUUGUUCUUCCUCUUCUCCUUUUGGUAUCCCAAUGAUUCAGAUGCUGGCAUUUUUGGAGAUGUCCUAGAAUCUUCUUAAACUCUCCUCUUUUUGAAAUUCUUUUUUCUUCUUCCUGUGCUCGUUGAAUGUUUAUUUUUCUUUCCUUAUGUUCCAAAUCAUUGAUUUGAAUCCAGGCUUCCUUCCCUUCACUGUUACUUCCCUGUGGUUUCUUCUUAUUUCACUUAAUGUAACCUUUAUUUCUUCCCUUACAUUUCUGCCAUACUCAGUGAGAUCUCUGAACAUCCCAAUCACCAUUGUUUUGAUCUCAGCAUCUGAUAGGCUGGCUACCUCUGUUUCAUUUAGUUCUUUUUCUGGGGUUUUGUUCUGUUCUUUCAUUUGGGCCAUAUUUCUUUGUCUCCUCAAUUUGGCAGCCUCCCUGUGUUUGUUUCUGUGUAUUAGGUAGAGCUGUUUUAACUCCCUGUCUUAGCACACCUGUUAAGUUGUAUGGGGGAGAGCCUUAGGUAUUUGCCAGGGAAGUGCACCCCACUACACCACUUUGUGGCUCUGUGUGAUGGGAGGGGUUUGCAAGGGGACAGUGCCACUACCUGGCUUCUGGGGUUUGCCUGGCCCUUGCCCAGUUUCCAGUGACUUCACCCAUUUCUCAUAUGCGUCUGGCACCCUUCUAGCUGUUGCCAUGGUGGUGAAUCCCAGAGUGGGUGGGUUUGUGUACAUUCUAAGUCCAUGCAGGCCCUUUAAACAGACUCCUCUGAGAAACCAUCAGUUUCUCUCACCACCCCACUCCCCACUGGUUUUUAUAACCGGAAGUUAUGAGGCUUUACCUUCCUGGUGCUGGAACCCUGGGCUCUGUGGUCUGGCCUGGAGCUGGAAUCGCUCACUCCUAGGGCAUCCCUCCAGAUUUUUAUCCACCACAUAUGAAUGUGGGACCACCCAUUUUACCACCACUGCUGUCACCUCUCUCACCCCACCUCCAUGACUACACCUUUCCUAUCCUUCUGGAUGAAUAUGGCUUCUUUAAAUCCUUAGUUGUCAGACAUCCAUACAGUUCAAUUUUCUAGCAGUUCUGGUUGUUUUUGUUUUAAGGUUAGUUGUAAUUCUUCCUGUGGUUGAAUAAGGAGGCAAAGAGCAUCUACCUAUGGCUCCAUCUUGACUGAAAGUCUGUACGUCAUAUUUAUUAAUUCAUUUUUACCCCUUGUUCACUUUCCCUCUCCCCUAUCCAGUUAGGAAGAAAAGAUAUUUGUGCAGUGUAUUUCCCCCCCUCUCACUGUAUCAUUUCUUCUCCUACAAGCUGCUUUUGACAUUCAGUAAUAGCAAACCUCUUCUUGGAAGGCCUGACAAGAAUAAAGAAGAUGACUGUUAUUAACCAUAGCUUGGAUUCUAUGGAGAGAAUAUUUUUAAAACCCACUCAUAUCUUUUGUAGUUAAGUUUUACCAACACCUGAGACAAAAGUAAGGAGAAAUUGUGCCUUAAACUAGUAAUUUUCAACCUAUUUGGGUUGUACACUCAUCAAGGACAACACAGUUAUUAAAAUAGAUGAGAGCAUCCUAUAGAUACCAUUCAUUAUCUAUAUAUUGAAUGGAUAAAGAUAACUAUAGUCAGGUGAGGAUCUGUAAUUCUUUUUAAUCUUUUGAAGGGAUACUUGCAAACCUCUGCAACAAGCUGCAGGAAGCCUGGUACCUUAGUAUUCCCUAAUAAGCUUACAACAAAGACAGGCAUCCAUUCCUCACUGCGCCCCUCCUGUUUCACCGGAUUCCAUUUUUAAGAUAAAAAUUGGGAAAUUUCCUUUUUCUUUUAAGACAAGGAUUUAUAGGUAAGACUUAAGAUUUAUAGCUGAGAAAAUCAUUACACAUUCCUUAUAAUACCACCAAUUCAAGAUUCAGUUAACUGAAGAACCACACUCCAAAAAACAACUGUCCACACUCCCAAUUUUAAAACAUUUACCCUCCUAAUUAAAAUAUUUACUUAAUCUGGCAAAUGAUGUAACCACCUUACAGUAGUCAUAUCUAUUCUUUUUUGAACAUCAAUAAGAAUUUUCUUAAUAACAGCAAAAUCCCAUUUAGGAACAAUGUAAUCAAAGCCAAGUAUAGGUGGAAAACUCUAAUACCCAAGUUUCUCAAAAGCACAGUUGCACAGGUACAAAAUAAAGGGCAAGCCAUACUGAUACCAGACCUUAAUGAAUCUAUGUCCCAUAUAUAUUGCACAUAGAGUUUGAGGUUCAUUGAAGAUGAGAUAUAGAAAGUUUGCCCUUUCUCAUAUCUUCCUGCCCUCCAACCCUGGGUCCUUCCUGAUGGCAUUUUGUUAGAAACAUCUUAAAUUUUUAAAAUUUAUAUCACCUGCUGCCAAACAGUUAAAAGUGAGUUGAGACAAACCAGGCAGCUUCUGGGUGUGGAACCAAAAGGAUGUGCUUAAGCAAUUAAGUGGAGCACUUCAGGAAAUUCCACUGGGAGGGAGCACCCUUCAUCUAAAUAAUCCUCCAUCAUACAAACUCAGUCAGAGCCUUUAAAAAGAGGAAGUUUUACAUGGCUUUUGGGUUUGUUGACAUGACA